GUUGAUCUUUUGAUCAACAAAGUUUGUUAAUCUAGUGGUCGAAUCAUAAAUAAAAGCAACAUAACUGCUGACUCAUCACUCAUUUGAUGAGUCACCACCACCUUACUCCAUCUUACCCAAUAAAAACAAGCUACAUCACCCCCUCAUCUCCUACCCAGCCGCGACCACUACCACCUUGUUUUUUUUUUUUUCGUCGACGAAGCACCAUUUCGUCCGAUGUCCCCUUUUCUUCUCCGAAACCCAUCACCGCCACCUCUGAUCUUCCCAUUUGCUCAUCGAAACCCAUCAUUGUCGCCGCCACCAUGAAGCAUAUCCUUAAACGCCACUUUGCAGCAUGGAGGACAUGGUCACCCUUACCCUUUGGGGUUGUCCAUGCCCUGAAUUUCACAAAAUUUCAUAGGAUUUUCAUUUAAUUCUAGAGAUCAUGGGGUUGUUGAUGGAAGUGUCAGUGGAAGGAAGGUGGAGAUCAGGGAAGAGAAAAGGAGGGGGCUUCAAUGGUGGAGGAAGCUUCUGCCAGUGGAAUGUCCAUUUCAGCAAAAUAAUACAACUAAACAACAAACAUGAGCACCAUCAAUCUGAUGCGUUAGUGCCACUGCUCCUUUUAUUUAUGAUAUUACCAUUAGAUAAACAACAAAUGUCUAUCAUUAAGAUUAAUGGGGGUUGCCUCAAUCUCAAAUAAUAUCCUAACAUAUGAUAAAUGUAGCCUUCAAUCUAAUAAUUUACAUACGAUCUAAUUUAAAAAUUUAAAGACAUACUCACCUAAUCUUAACAACGUAAAUGCCCAAAUUGUACUCGAAUACUCUAUUUCGUGUAAAUAUUACUCCAAAUAAACUUUGCACACACUUUCUAACUUUUAAGACAAAAAAAGGGAGUUCACCAUUACAACAAACAAAGUCUAACAUCAACAUUUCAACAAAUUCCUUCUUCCCUAAUUUCUUGAACCAUCACCAAAAUUCAUCAACUGUUUGUCGGUUAAUUACAACCUUCAUACUCAUCACCAACCAACCUUCUUCCUUCACUGCUACUACUCUCUCUUUCUCUCUCAUCUUCUUCCUCACUUUCUCUCUCCUCUCUCCUUCAAUGGCGGCCGCUUUGGCCAGUCCACCUUCGUCUCAAACUAUGGUGUCUUCUCCUGCUCUCUCUCCUCCGCGCCACUCAUCGGAAUCUUCUGUCGCCGGAAGUUCCUCCGACCUAUCUGAUCGUAUCACUCGAGCUUCCAGUUUCUCCAGAAAUGCCGAUUCUCAGGCUUUGGAUUUGCUUAAAAGUGAGGAGUAUCGCCAGCUUUUUCGUCUUCCUUCUGAAGAAGUUCUAUUGCAGGAUUUUAAUUGUGCAUUACAAGAAAACAUUCUUCUUCAGGGGCAUAUGUACUUGUUUGAGAACUACAUAUGCUUUUACUCCAACAUCUUUGGAUUUGAAACAAAGAAAAUAAUCUCUCUUCAAGAAGUCACAUCUGUACGGAGAGCAAAAACUGCUGGAAUCUUUCCUAAUGCAAUUGAAAUUGUGGCUGCUGGAAAGAAGCACUUUUUCGCCUCUUUUUUGUCCCGUGAUGAAGCUUUUAAGCUUAUUGAUGAUGGAUGGUCACAUCAGAGUAAUGGUUCUAAAAGGAUAUUAGAUCAACAGGAUUCAAAAUCCGAGAGCAAUUCCCAGGUAAAUGGAGAUAGUCCGGCUGAAAAUUCCAACCUCUCUGAUUCCCCUGCGAGUGAUUGUGAUACAGAUGAGAGGAAUUUGGAGUUGUCUACAUCAGAAGAUACCAAUCCUUCUCCAGAUUACGUGCUUGAUAAUGCUAAGUCAACUGCCUCAGAAGUUCCUCAUGUGAUGGAAGAGAAACAUGAUGAUACAGGACCUUCUACUUCUUUGCGGUCCAUCAAUUGGAACCUGGAAACUCAGGAUGCUCCUGAAAUACCUAAAAGUUACACCAAGAUUGCAGAGUCCAAGUUUCCGAUAAAUGUUGAGCAGUUCUUCAAUCUAUUUAUUUCUGACGAAGCUGUUGGUUUUGUUGAAUCCUUCCAUAACAAAUGCGGAGAUAAAGAUUUCAGGUGCACUUCAUGGUUGCCUCAUGAUAAGUUUGGAUAUACUCGUGAGAAAAGUUUUCAGCAUCCGGUGAAAAUAUAUUUUGGGGCAAAAUGUGGUGGCUGCAAGGAGACGCAAAAAUUUCAGGUGUACAAGGACAGCCAUCUUGUUAUCAGAACUUCACAGGAAGUGAGUGAUGUUCCUUAUGCAGAUUACUUUACUGUUGAGGGAAUCUGGGAUGUUCAGAAAGACAGUGGUGAAUCAGAAGGUUGUACAUUGCAAGUGUUUAUAAGUGUGUCUUUUUCUAAGAAAACCAUGUGGAAAGGUAAGAUUGAGCAAUCAACCGUGGAAGAGUGUCGAGAAGUUUUCGCAACCUGGAUUGAACUUGCACAUGAACUAUUAAAGAAGAAGAACAUCGAGAAACCAGAAGAAUGUGCUCUACCUAACACGAUUCAGGAUGGCCAAGAUGAUCAACAAGUCACUGGAGGAUCUGCAGAACACUCAGAAAUUUCUUCUAAUGGGAAGAGUGAGCCUCAGGGGAUAAUUGAUAAUGUAGCUAACUCUUGGAGCACUCAUGAACAUAUUAGAAAUAGCUUACGUGAAAAUCUGCUUCAUGCUACUACAGCAAUAACUUCUACUUCAAGAGAGAUUGCAGUAAAGUUCUACACUUUUUUGAGAAGUAAAGGCAACCUCCAACCAAUUUUGGUGAUUGCAUUUUCUAUUAUCCUCCUCUUAAUGCAGCUCAGCAUUGUUGUGCUAUUAAGUAGACCGCAACCAGUGUAUGUAAUUCCUCAAACAGAUCACACAAGCUCUGUGGGGCUAGGGGUUGGUCAUAGAGCAGCAGAAACAAUGGCUUGGAUGGAAAAACGAGCAAACUUGCUUAAGGACGAGAUGCUUGUGGUUGAGGCCCAGCUUGAAAGGAUGAGACAUGAACACGUUUUUCUGAAAACACAAUUGGAGGACUUUGAGCGUCUACUUAAGCAGCAAAGAUGACUGUCCCAUGGGUCUUGUAUAUUCUUUUAUCAAUCCCAUCAAUGGUUUUCAGCCAGUGAUUUAAUGUUGGCCGGCGCAGAAAUGAUCUUAUAGGGUUGCAUGGAUGACGCUUGCAUAUUCAGAUACGUGUAAAAAGUCCUGUUUGAAGCAUUUUAUAUCCGAUGUCUACAUAUGUGUACUUGUGUAGCUAAUGAAUCUUAUGAUGAUCUUUGUGACCCAGUAGACUAGUUUAAUACGAAGUAUGUAGCAGUGGAAGUUGUAAAUUUAUUAGCUAAACAUUUCAAAGACAGGAAGAUUUGCAGGGAGUUUGUAAAAACUAUAUGAAUUGUAAAAUUUGUUUGGAAAGAUUUAGGAGAAAAAUACGAGGUAGGCGUGCAGUUGGCCAUUGGUGUUCGGCUGAUAGUUUAGUGUGGCAUUAAAUUCAAUGUUACAUUGCAAUCAAAGGAGAUUAGGGUGUUCUUGUAAUGAAUCUUGGUGCGAAAUUCUUAGUGAUUGUUCUUCAGAUGUUCUUGUUAUCAUCA